AUGGUUGUGGCAUUAGGUCCGGGAAAGUUCUACGGCAGCAGCCUGCCGCGGCCGCGCUUCUACACCGACGUCAAAUUCAACGAAGAGAUGGUGGAUCCGCCGCCCUCCGUCACGGAUCCGCUCAUGGCGUGGGCGGAGGAGGCGCACUGGUCCAUGGGCGGCCUCAACGUCAAGCGCCACCGCCUCCAGGGCCGCAUCGAGGGCAACGUCGAGAGGUUCCGCGUGCAACGGGAGCAGAUCUUCAAGAGAUCCCCAAUUCCGAAUAAAUCCGUCAAAAAACCGGCCGCCUCUCGCCGCCAGAAGGACGAGAUCGAUAAGACUCCCUCCCCGCCGCGCGCUCCGAUGGCGAUUAAGCGGCGCCGGGUGGUCGGAUUGCUGGACGAGGACGAGGAAGAGGAGGUGGUGGCGGCGAAGAGAGGCCCGGUGAGGAAAUUGGGGGAUGAUUUUGAGAGGGUGGCCAGGGAAAGCGGGAUGGCGAGCAACGCCGGCAGCGAAAGUGGAGGCGCUGCGGCGGCGGCGGCGGCGGCGAGGACGAGGAGUAAGAGCGGUAAGACGAGUUUGAGUAGUGAUGAAGUGGAGAGAAAGGGGGAAAAGAAGAAAUUGGUGAAGGGAGGGAGGAAGAUUGGGGCUGCGGUGGUGGCUGCCGCCUCCGGAAUUAGAAGCUCGCCGCAGUUGUCGAAGAUGCGUUGA